CCUCUCUCGCCGCCGGCCCGCACCACCAGCGUUUGUGUGUGAGCUCUCUUGGAGCCCGCUCCAGGUUACCCAGCGAUGUCUCAAGCGUUCUUGCAGCUCGAGUUCCGCGUGCGCCACUCGCCGGCGCGGCGCGGCGAGGAGGUCUACGCGGUCGGCGAGCACCCUUCGCUCGGCUGCUGGGAUCCGGCGCAGGCGGUGAAGCUGCGGCACUCGCCCGGGGAGGGCGUCUGGCUCUCGGCGCCAGUCUCCGUACCGGCGGGCGUCUCCAUCCAGUACAAGUACCUCCUCUUCUGCGAGGGCCGCUUCGAGCGCUGGGAGGCGUUCGACGGCAACCGGACCAUCGGCGCGGCGACCAGCCGCGCCGGCUCGCGCCACAGCCUCGUGCCUCCCGACGACGAGCUGGACGUGCUCCCGGCGCCGCCCGAGCCGCGCUGGAGCGCCGGGGCCUCCACGCCGCCUCCGACGCCCGCCGGCCUCGCCGAGGCGGACGGCACCACCGGCGUGAGCGGCCAGCUGAGCGCGCUCGACGUCGGCGAGGGCGGGUCUGUGAUUGUGGUGUCGUACAUACUGCCGCUGCUCAUCACGCGGGAGCGAGAGACGGCCUCGUGGGCCAUCGACUGGAACCUCGACUCGGUCCUCGCGCGGCGCGCCUCCGCAGGCCGCGCCGAGGGCAAGCGAGUCCUUUGGAUCGGCUGCCCGGGCGUGGCGGUGGCGGAGGCGGACCGGGCCUCGCUGACGGAGGCACUUGUCCACUACUCGGCCGUCCCCGUCUUCCUCGAGCCGGAGACGCAGAAGGCGCCCCUUCGCCCCGCCACACCUCGCCCGCGCCAACUCGUGUUCGACUCGCCGUCACCCCCGUCUCCCGCCUUCUCUCACACACUGGUCGGCUCUCCUCAGGUCUUCUACACUGACUUCUGCCGCGCCUUCCUCUGGCCCGUCUUCCACAACGCACGCACUGCCGGCCGACGCGCGAGACAGGCCGAGCGGCGCAUCGAGCCGGGCGUGCUCGAGAAUGUCGAGGCGAGCGCCUUCGCGACGCCCUCCUCGCUGCUGCUCGCCUCCCCGGCGGGAGGCAACCUCUCGCCCCUCACCCUCUCCCCGCUCGUCCCUCGCCGCGGCUCCUCCGCCGAUGGCGCGCCGCCGGCCGGCACCGCUGGCGGCUGCUGGGGCGCCCAGCCAGCCAAGCCCUCGGCCCCGCCCGCCCCGCCCACGGCCACCACCGCCACGAUGUUCGCGCCUCCUCCCCUCGCCGGGCCCGCCGCCGCCCCUCCCUCGAGCGGCCCGCUGGUCGUGCCGCGGCUCUCCUCCCUCGGACAGCACUCCCUCGGAGGCGCCCACGCUGCCGCCCGCUCGCCGCUGCUGUCCCCGCUGCCGUCGCCCAUCGCGCGCAAGGAGUCCGACGCGGCGCUCGCGAUGCUGCUCACGCGGCUCGACGAUCUCCUCGCCUCGGGCGCGCUGCCGCCCCCCCGUGGCAUCCUGCUGCGGACAGCUUCUCUUCACGCGUGCUGCCGUGGACAGGCGGCCGGCUGCUGGUCGGUGGAGAGGCUCAAGGGGCUUCCCCUCAAGCUGAUCGCCUUCGAGCAGCUGCUCUGCUCCGCCUCCAAAGAUGGAUCAGCCGCCAGCCUCGGGGCGACCCUCGCCGGCGUAAAGGCGUGCAACUUCACGCCCGCCGUGCAGGCCGACUACGAGACGGUGGCGCCGUCAUCUACAUGGAGCUGCCCACCAUCACGCUCGCGCAGCGGCUGCAGCUCUGGCGGCGCGUACACGCCCCUCUCAUCUAGCAGGAGGUCAUCUACGCAAUGUCAUCAACACACACUACACACUGACAUAAGGCGCGCCUACGCCGCCGUCUUCACCUCGGUCCGCGAGGGGCUCAACACCUACCCGCUCGAGGCCGUCUUCGCGCGGCGCAACGUCGAGCCGGGCGUCGUUGUGCUGUCCGAGUUCGCAUCGUGCUCCCGCGUGCUCAACGGCGCGAUCCGAGCCGAGCGCGACGCGCGGCGGCAGCGCGACAUGGAGUUCGUCAUCAACAACACCGCUUCGGCGUGGGCCGAGCGUUUCGUGCUCGACUUGCAGGCGGUCGCCGAGGAGAAGCCGCGCGAUGCGCAGUGGGAGACGAUCGGCUUCGGGCUCGCCGGCUUCCACCGCGCCGGCUGGCGCAGCGACUUCACCGCGCUCGACACGACCGAGGUGCUCACUGCGUACCGGCGGGCCCGCCGGAGGGCGCUCUUCCUCGACUGGGGCGGGACGCUCGUCCCGAUCGAGGCCUUUCCUAGACCUUUCCUAGACCUGUCCUGGAGCCUUCCUGUAGGCGGGACGCUCGUCCCGAUCGAGGACGGCUUCACCUCCCACCUCGUCGAGUACUUCCGCGAGCGCCUCUCGCCCGCUGUGCACGCCUGCCUGCACGAGCUCGCUUCGGACCCGCGCAACUUGCUGAUGGUGCUCUCGGGGCAGGAGAGCGGCCGGAUGGACGCCGCCUUCUCGUCCCUCGGCCACGCCUCCCUCGCCGCGGAGCACGGCUUCUGCUACCGGCUCGGCUCGCUCCCAGGCGUGCGGCUGCUACUCGAGGACGAGGGGCGUGGCCUCCGCCGGACACGCGUGCGGCGGCCGCACGCGUCCGAGUGGCGGCAGCUCCUCCCGGACAACGACCUGUCUUGGAAGGAGACGGUUGCCACCGUGAUGGAGGCGUACAAGGUGCGCACCAACGGCGCGCAGACGGAGGUCAAGGGCUCUUCUCUCGUGUGGAAGUUCGACGAAGUCGACCCCGAGUUCGGGCUGAUGCAGGCCAAGGAGAUGUGCGUGCACCUCAACACGGUGCUCGCAAACUGCCCCGUCGCCAUCAUCACCGGCAAGGGCUACGUAGAGGUUGGCGGCGUCGACUUCAUCCUCUGCAUCGGCGACGACUCGGCGGACGAGUUCAUGUUUCAGGCGCUGCACGCGCGCUUUGCGGACCGGCCCGCAGGCACGGUGCCCGCCCUCUUCACGUGCGUGGUUGGGAGGAAGCCGUCCUCCGCGCAGUACUACGUCAACGGCGCGGAUGAGGUGCUCGAGCUCUGCCAGUCGCUCCGCCUCCACUCGACGCGCGCCAACCGCAACUUGUCCACCUCGGACCUCAAGGGGCUCGGGCGCGGCAGGGUGCCCAUUCGCGGAGAGGGGCCGCUCAACAGCUCCAUGGACGGCAGCACGAUGCGAGCUGUCUUUGCCGCGACGCGCGGAACCUCGACGCCCUUCGCGCUGCCAGCCGGCCAUGGCGCCCGACUCGCCUCCAUCGCUGCCUCGCCGCCGCCCGGGCAGCGAGCUGAGCUUGGCACGGUCGACGGGGCUGCGGAGCCAAUCAAGUUCACCGUGGGGCAGUGACGGGUCGCAUGGACAUCUUUUUGCGACGUUGCUUGCGCAUGUGUUUGAGUUGAGAGAGGAUUUUUUGACACAGGCGUGUUUGAGGAUCGUCGGUUAGUACACGUGUUAUAUAUCAU